AACUUUUUUCUUUUUAAAAAACUAUUUUUUGCUUCAAAAAAUAGUGAAUGUCAAAUACUCUUGAAAAAUAAUGGAACCAGAUCCUUCAUCGUCUUCGUCCUCAUCGACCAUCUUGAAUGUACUUUCUUACAUACUUGUUGUGUGGUAUUUUUUCAUGGUGGUAUUGAGUUUGUUUGGACAAUAUAUAGGACAAUCAAGAUACCGACACAAGCCUAAGCCGGUAUCAUCGAAAUUGACAUUUUCAGAAGCACAAGGUGUAUCGAUUAUUCGACCUUUGAAAGGAGUCGACCUGGAAUUGGAAGCCAACUUGCGGUCUUCUUUUGUACAAAAGUAUCCAAAGUUUGAAAUCAUCUUUUCGGUGGCGUCACCUGAAGACCCUGCGAUUGAAAUUGUAGAUGCUCUUAUGAAAGAGUUUCAUCAAGUGGAUAGUCGACUUAUUAUCGGUGAUCAUCAGGUUGGCAUUAAUCCCAAGAUUAAUAAUAUGGUGGAAUCCUAUCGCACUGCAAAAUACGAUAUUGUGUGGGUUUUAGAUUCAAAUGUGCAUGUGGAUAUGGAUACACUUGGACGCUCAGUCGAUCAAUUGAUGAUACCCGGCAUCGGACUGGUUCAUCAUUUACCAAUUGCUGUUCAACCGGCAAAUUAUGCUGCCGAGAUCGAGCAGAUCUUUUUGGAUACCAAUCAUGCCAAAAUGUAUUUGGCUAUUAACGGUGUAGGUAUUGCGUCUUGUGUGAUGGGAAAGUCAAAUUUGUAUCGUCGUUCCGACUUGGAUAAGGUUGGCGGAUUAGAAAAGUUUGGUAAAUAUAUGGCUGAGGACAACAUUAUUGGUGAGGCUUUGUGGCACCAAGGACUUCGACACAGAAUGAGCGCUGAUACUGCAUGUCAAGCCCUUGGUCCUAUUUCUCUGAAGGGAUAUUGUGCUAGACGCGCGAGAUGGGUUCGUCUUCGCAAGUACAUUGUGACAGCUGCUACAUUGGUGGAGCCUUUUACGGAAUCUGUGGUAUGUGGUGUCAUGGGCGCUGUGGGCUCAAGACAUGUCUUUGGGACAUCGAUUCUCGGCUUCUUCUGUGUUCAUUGGACUUGGUGGUUUAUCAAUGAUUGUUUCCUUUAUCGAACUUUGGUUCGUUCUUCUUCUUUACAUACACUCAAUGCUCAAAAGCCACUUCGCAUCCUGAAUUUCUUGCGUGCCUGGAUUUCAAGAGAGGUGUUGGCUUUACCACUCUACUUGUACGCUAUGGCGGGUACAAAGAUUUCAUGGCGUGACCAAGAAUAUAGAUGUAUCUCGGAUGGCACUGCUGUUGCAAUUAAUGAUAAGAAUGAAGCUGUUGAGCCUCUCUUAACAUCUUGAUCUUCUUUUAAAAAAAAAAAUUAUAAUCCAAUCUUACAUAAUAAUGU